UUGACUAUUUUUGACAGUUGUUUUCUUUUCAGCAUAACUAUUUCUGCCGUCAAGUCUGGUCAGGUGACACUUUGGCGAGGGAAAGUACCAGUUGAGAUAAAUGCCUUAACGUCAGGUGAAUUUUUGACAACUAUGAGACAGAAUCCAGGAACACCAAGUUUAAUUGCCACAGGAGGGAAAGAAAAUGAUCUUCAGUUGUGGGAUUUACAACACCCAGAGGAGCCCACAUUUAAAGCCAAGAAUGUGAAACCAGACAUGCUAGAGUUGCGAGUUCCUGUUUGGGUGACUGAUGCAGCCUUUCUGGAGGACCAGCGCACUUUGGCAGUUUCCUCCAGACACAAGCAUGUAAGGGUGUUUGAACAUUCAUUAAGAAUUAUGGUGAUACAAAAGCAAACAAUACAUACUUUAAUGCAUCAUAUUUCAUUCACUUUUCUCAAUUAAGUGAUUCUUCAUUUU